ACAGUACCUGCCUGAGGUGGCCAUGUCGUCCUCCAAGACAAUGUUUUGCGAUCUCUGUGUAGUCUUGCUGUUCGGUCUCAGUAGCAUUUUAGCCGAAGAUAAACCUGUCACGCCUGUGGUUGACGAAGGUCCUAAAGGCAAUUGCUCUUGUGGUGGUUUUUCAAACCUGACUCCGGACCCAGAAAGCAAGCCGGUGCUAUCCCAGACGCCUGGGCUGGUGGUGUCUUGUAACUCUGAAGGACAGGCUACGUGCAAGAGUCUCUGCAAUGCCUUGGCGACGGCGACCAAAGCUAAGGGCCCAGAAAUACUUUGUAAUAAGCUGGUGAAUGCUGAUGAAUUGCAGCUUUCAGCAUUCUACAAAGCGUGCGACAACCCAUGGGCUUACGCGGACAUGACCGCGGAUACUGCGCUGUGCUGUGAAAACAACAAGGUGAAGACGUGCGCAUCCGCCGCGGUGACUAACACCACUGAGCCCGCGCAGCAGCCUGAAGUCAAGACUGUAGUGUAGACAGCCCAAAUGCAU